AUGAAAAGACCCUCAUUUAUGAAAUUAUUUGGCUUGGGGUUUCUGUUGCUGAUUGUUAGAAAGAUUGUGGUAGCAUGUAUGGCAAUGUACAUUGUGUGGCAAAACUGGGAAGAUGUUGGAUUCGAGAGAUUGAUCAAAAACCCUUCUCUACAAAACGCUGUCUCAGAAAUGCCUUUCAAUAAAUCUGGGCUUGUUUUAAUUCUCAACAGACAUGCACUCAAUAUGACAUUCAAUUGGUUGUGCAACACUCAGAAUAUGCCAGGUGUUCAUGAAAACGCCUACAUCGUAACACUUGACCAAGAAUCUUCUUUUGCAUUGAAGAAAACAUGGCCAAAUGUGAAACAAAUCAAUAUUGUUGUUCCUGGAUUAAAAGAUCCAUUCAACUAUGGAGAUGGUUAUUAUCAAUUGUUCUAUCUAUUCCGUGCCAAUUUGGCAAGAGCUAUUCUUCACCACAAUAAAUCAUUCUGGAUGAUUCAGCAGGACACAUUUUGGAAUGACAGUUUGUUGAAUGUGAGCGCUGAUGAUGAGGAAGUGGACAUUGUGUUCGAUCGAGCUUCUGAUAAGGGACCAUUGGUUGCAGGUAAAUGCGGAUACUACCACGCAAAACCCACAUCUAACUCCAAGAACUAUUUUGCUAAGCUAGCGAAAGACAUUUCCUGGUGGUAUGCUCCUGAUAACGCCUACAUGACAGCGAUGUGCGAGGUUUCCGGGUUGGCAAAGUGUGGCAGAUUAUCCUUUGACAUGAUCACCAAUUGGCAGUGGCUACAGGGAUCAUUGACAGGGGUUCCCCCAAAAUUCAUACAGUUUGAUGGGGAAACAAAAUUAGGCGGGAAACUUGCCAAGAUGCGGCAGAUUGGUUUUUACUUUUUGGCGGACGGAGAUGAUCAAUCUACGUGUAACAUCACGUCAGUUGAAAACACGAAAUACCUCCUGGAAUCCAAAAUUUCCCAAUGGGACAAAGUCGCGUCGUCAAGUCACAAACAAUUCAAAAUGUACCAAGACAUCGUCGACACGUUCUACUCGACCUGGAUAGGAGCCGCUGUCAUGAAUCACUUUAUUUUACCCUACGCUCAUUAUUGUAUGCUUUCCAUGUAA